AUGGCAAAAUUUGCUUCAAUUUUUUUCUUUUUUACCUUAUCACUUGCAAUGCUUGACAUGUACGUAGCUAAUGAGGUUAAAGUUAAGGUUGUGCCAACAUUAUUCAUAUUUGGAGACUCAACAUUUGAUGUUGGAACAAACAAUUUUAUCAACACUUUAGCAAAAGCCAAUGUCCCUUUUUAUGGGGUUGAUUUUCCUUAUUCAAUUCCCACUGGAAGGUUCAGCAAUGGUCUUAACACUGCUGACCAAAUUGCAAAGCAAUUUGGUUAUCAGAAGAGUCCACUACCAUUUUUGGCUUUGGAGAAAUUUCAAAACGGUUUUAAGAAGAGCAUUUUGAAUGGUGUGAAUUUUGCUUCUGGUGGAUCUGGAAUUCUUAGGCAAACAGGACAAAAACAAUGGCAAGAAGUGGUUUUCCUGGAAAAGCAAGUUGAACAAUUUGCACAGGUCCGUGGAAACAUCACCCAAAUAUUAGGGCCAUCAAAAGCUGCUAAAUUUGUUUCAAAGGCUGUGUUUCUCAUUAGUACUGGUAGCAAUGACCUCUUUGAUUUUGCAAGUAAUGACAGUAACAUUCAUUUUGGCUUGGAGGAAUAUUUCUCUCUUCUACAACUCAAUUAUUUCUCUCAACUAAGGAAUCUAUAUGAAUUAGGGGCUAGAAAGUUUGGUAUCCUAAGUGUUGCACCCAUAGGGUGUUGUCCUGCAGUAACCUUUGCCAAUGGAGGAAACUGUGUGAAGCCACUGAAUGAUUUGGCUAUCGUGUUCUACAAAGCAACUCAAGCUGUUUUGCAAAAGUUGAGUUCAGAAUUGGAAGAUUUUGAGUAUUCACUAGCUAACACUUUUGCAAUGACAUCAGCCUUGUUAAAUAGUCCAUCAACCUUCGGGUUGAAUGAAACAAAGUCAGCAUGUUGUGGAAUUGGAAAAUUCAAUGGAGAGGGUCCAUGCUUGAAAGCUUUGAACGCCAGUCUUUGCUCAAAUCGUGAUGAUCACUUAUUUUGGGAUUUGUUUCAUCCAACUGAGAAAGCUUCCGAGUUGGCAGCUGCUACCAUAUUUACAGGAGGGAAAGAAUUUGUGUCACCAAAAAACUUUAGUCAGCUAAAUUGUUGAUUUAAGCUGAUAUCUAAGGGAUAAAUAAUAUCCAAUUACUUAAAAUAAGAGGAAAAUAAACCAGGCAUCUCUUUCAUAUGACGUUGUGAUAAUAAUUAUUAUGCAUAA